UUGUUAUCACGCUGUAUAAGAAUCUGUCACGUAUUGUUUAUCGAAUCCACAGUACUUACUGAGAAAACAGUGAAAAUAUUGUGUGGUUAUUUAUUUUAAUACUUUUUGUGUAUUCAGCAACUCUAAGAAAGAUGAAGAUCCUCAUAGUAUUUUUGGUUUUGUUAGUGGUAUCCCUUAGCAACGGUGCAGCUGUGAAAUCUCAGCCGAGAUACAAUCUGACUGUGGGUUACGUUGCGGCGUAUGACAGACUGUUGUAUAGACAAUAUCUCCAAAAACUACCCAUACCGAACGCGAUCCAGUACCAGGACUUCAUGUUUCGCGGGAACUACGGUACCCGUAUAUCUGCUGUGACCGCGCACGAGAUCGGUUACAGUCAAUACGCGUCAGCGUGGAUCGUGGCCGGCGGCGUGGGUUAUAUUAAUUACGUGACCGUACGGUUGCAGAAUGCGAGAGGAGGCGGCUAUAAUUUUGUUGUUGAUGUAUGGGGUUAUUAAUUUUAAUAAAAUUGUGUUUAUUUCAAAAUAA